GGCUGGUCCAUCUCAAAGGUGCAAGGACCCCCACAACAUGGCUCAUGGGAGCGGCACCAUCGAGCUGCGUCACUGCACAGCAGCAGGGAGGAGUUUGAAGUUGGCAGGAAACCUUCGGGUUUUUCAAGUCAUUUUGGAACCUUUUGUGGUCAAGCAAGUGCUGAGAACAAGCUUCUAGAGCUGUUGGUGUAAAGCAGUCAGAGAGCAGGAAAUCAACAGGGAAGGUGGCAAAAGAGAGAGAGAAGGAGAGUGUGGGUUUUGUGAUCUCCUAGUGUGGAAGGAGCUGUGUCUGCGCUCAGGACAAAAAAUAAAUUAAAAAAAGAUGAUUAAGUGUGGAGUGUGAUGACGAGGGAGUCACUUCCCUCCCUUUCAAAUUGUGGGAACCAGGGAGAAGGCGGUUUCCACGGUCCCUGCUAACAGAGAUUAUGGGUUGCUGCUGCAGUUCAGAGUUUGAUGAUGACUGGGCUGAGAAUAUUGAAAUUUGUGACGUUUGCCACUAUCCCAUUGACCCAGCCACCAGGCCCCAGAGGCUGGCUUUAAACGGCUCAGAGUUGUCAAAUCCUUUGAUGGGUCCUCCUCCCAGUUCACCACUGCAAGAUAAACUGGUGGUUGCAUUGUAUGAUUACGACUCAACCCACGAAGGAGACCUGGUGCUCCGGACAGGGGAACAACUGCGAGUACUGGAAGAGAGUGGUGAGUGGUGGAAAGCCCAGUCUCUCACCACAGGGCAAGUGGGACUCAUUCCAUGCAACUUUGUCGCUAAGUUGAACACUCUGGAACAAGAGCCCUGGUAUUUCAAGGCCCUCAGCAGGAAGGAUGCUGAACGGCAGCUCCUGACCGCGGGUAACACACAUGGUGCUUUCCUCAUUCGGGAGAGUGAAUCCACCAAAGGUUCCUUCUCCCUCUCCGUGCGGGACUUUGACCAGAACCAGGGAGAAGUCGUGAAGCACUAUAAGAUCCGAAAUAUGGACAACGGCGGGUUCUACAUCUCCCCUCGCAUCACUUUUGACAGCCUGCACAAUCUGGUGGAGCACUAUAUGCGCAACAUGGAUGGGCUUUGCACCCGCCUUGGCAAACCCUGCCAGACGCAGAAGCCCCAGAAGCCCUGGUGGAAAGAUGAAUGGGAGGUUCCUCGGGAGAGCCUAAAGCUGGUGGAGAAGCUGGGAGCAGGGCAGUUCGGAGAAGUGUGGAUGGGUUACUAUAACGGCCACACAAAAGUUGCCGUCAAGAGUCUGAAGCAAGGCAGCAUGUCUUCCGAAGCCUUCCUAGCUGAAGCCAACCUGAUGAAGAAAUUGCGGCAUCCACGCUUGGUAAGGCUCUAUGCUGUGGUGACCGAGAAGCCCAUGUACAUCAUCACAGAGUUCAUGGGAAAAGGAAAUUUGGUGGAUUUCCUCAAAGCUGUUGAAGGCACCCAACUGACCAUUUACAAACUGCUGGAUAUGUCUGCACAGAUAGCAGAAGGGAUGGCCUUCCUUGAGAAGAAGAAUUAUAUUCACCGUGACCUGCGAGCUGCCAACAUCUUGGUGUCAGAGAUGCUCUGUUGCAAGAUUGCCGAUUUCGGCCUGGCCCGACUUAUAGAAGAUGAGUACACGGCUCAAGAGGGAGCAAAGUUCCCCAUUAAAUGGACAGCCCCAGAGGCCAUUAAUUACGGGACGUUCACCAUCAAAUCAGACGUUUGGUCAUUCGGGAUCCUGCUGACUGAGAUCGUCACCUAUGGCCGGAUCCCUUACCCAGGGAUGAGCAACCCAGAGGUCAUCCAAAAUUUGGAGCGGGGCUACCGAAUGCCAGUGCCGGACAACUGUCCAGAAGAGCUGUACAAAUUGAUGCUGCAGUGCUGGAAGGAGAGCCCGGAGCAACGGCCCACAUUUGAGUUCCUGAAAGGUGUCCUGGAGGACUUUUUCACUGCCACUGAAGGACAAUAUGAGCAGCAAGUGUGAGGAUGACUUCAAACAAGGAUCCUGAACAAUGCCAGAAAAUCUCUCUGCAUUUUGGUCCUUCCUGAGACACGGGACACCACAAAGACCUGGAACAACUUGAUGCAUCCAGAGCUUGGGUGGAACUAAACUCUUUGUGACUUGGAAGCCUUUCCCCUAAUCCCAGAUUACGUUGGGCAGUGAUGGGAAUAGCUGAAGCCACUUAGGGGAGAUUAUUACUUCUUAUAUUACUUCACACAUGCCAUCACUGAGAAAGUGGUGAGCUGUGGUUCAAAACAAGCCCUUACUUUCUCCUUCUUAAUGAGUACUUAAUUUGUAAAAAUGAAAAAGAAUAUUCAAUCCUGCCUGGAGAUAUAACCCGUGACUGGAGGACCAUAAUCCCAGGUCUGAGGAUUUGUUAGAUUGUAAUCUCCUCAAAGCAGAGACCUGGCCGUUUGUGGGUGGGUGGGUGGUGGGUGGGGGGGCAUAUAAAGUGAUGGUGCUGUAUAAACAAUUAACAACCAAUAUUAUAAUACUUAUUAGUUAAGGCACUCUGCCCAUGAUCAGAGGCAUUUGCUUUUCUUUGACCACCUGCAACAAGUUCCAGAGCUCGGCACUGACAACGAAAACAAGCUCUGAGACUGAUCCCAGAUGUACUCCAUAUACACACUCCUGCUCUGUAAAUAACGAACAGAAAAUAUGCUUUAUUACUGCACAAGAAACAGCAGAUUUCACUCUAAAUUCUUGGCUUUAGCAGGGAAAAGACAAUGGCAAACUGCAGAUUGUGUGUCCAUGUGUGCUGAUCCUGAUUAAAGACAUGAGUGGCACGGCUAUCCUGGUUGCUAAUCUAAACCCCCCCCCCCAUGGCCGGGGGAAUUAGGAGGUUCCCAGAAUUCAUAGUACAGGGCAGGUGAAGCAGGGAGGGGAAACUGGCUGGCGAGACCACAUCAUGCCAGUCCUUUUACAACUUCAUUGGCUGCCAGUCCAGGUCUGGGCCUGAUUCAAAGCGCUGGUACUAAUAUACAAAGCCCUAAAUGGCUUGGGGCCAGGCUAUUUGAAUGAAUGCCUCCCAUCAUAUGUACCUGCCCGGACAUUAAGAUCAUCCACAGGGGUCCUUCUCCGUGAGCCCCUGCCAAAGGAAGUGAGGCAGGUGGCUACUAGGAGGAGGGCUUUCUCCGCUGUGGCACCCUGGCUGUGGAACAAGCUCCCCAGAGAGGUCUGCCUGGCUCCUACACUGUAUUCUUUUCGUUGCCAGCUGAAGACCUUUUUAUUUUCUCAGUAUUUUAACACAUAAUUUAACUUAAAUUUAAAUUUUGCUGUUUUAAUUCUGUAUUUUAACCCCAUAUCAAUUUCUGCUGUGUGGUUUUAUCCAGGUUGUGCUUUUUAUAUUGUAUUUUGUAUUUGGGUAUUUAGAUUGUUGGUUGUUUUAUUAUGUUCCUUAUGGUUUUAAUUUUUGUGAACCGCCCAGAGAGCUUCGGCUAUUGGACGGUAUAAAAAUGUAACAAACAAAUAAAUAAAUGAAGAGGUCUGCAGAGCAGGUAGGCUGUAAACAGAGGUUGUAAGGGAGCAGUGAGAAUUGGGUGGUAUGGAAGGAGGAGGAAAACAGCAAUGGCUGCGAAGAGUCAGUACAACAGGAAAGAAGUAUGGGUACCCUUAAUGUGCAUAUUUGUGUCUUAGGCAUGUCGUGCAUCCCAUACCCCCGUCCCGUGUAUAUGGGCCAAAGUAUGUGCUGAAACCUGUGGCUGCAGUCUAGUAUGGGGCCUUCAUUUUGUAAAGUCUGGUACAAAAGAGAGGUCCGCCUGGCACCUGCACUGUACUCCUUUCGUUGCCAGCUGAAGAACUUUUUAUUCUCCCAGUAUUUUAACACUUAAUUUUAACUUAAAUUUAAAUUUUACUGUUUUAACUCUGUAUUUUAAUUUUAUAUCAAUUUUGCUGUUUGGUUUUUAUUCUGGUUGUGCUUUUUAUAUUGUAUUGUGUAUUUGUGCUUUUAACCUGUUGGUUGUCUUACUAUGAUUUUAAUUUUUGUGAACGGCCCAGAGAGCUUCGGCUAUUGGGCGGUAUAGAAAUGUAAUAAAUAAAUAAAUAAAUAAAGUUGAAUGCAAUAUAUGGAUAUAUAA